CCGGCGCUUGCUUGGGCUUUGUUUCGGCUAAACCCAGAAUGGCGAUGGCGGAGCCGGGGAUUGGCGUUGGGAUCGAUCGCAAGCCAUGGAGCCGUCGAGAGUAUGGAAGAAUUUGUUGACGGGUAAACAGGCUGUGCGGACCGUGGCAUGUCCGUCAUGCGGAGGUCAAGUGCCGGAGUUUCGUAUUCAUUCUCAUCUGGAUACUUGCUUGACGACUUUGCCUUCGAGCAUCCCUGAAGAUGUCGAAGAAGAAGAAGCAGAAGAAGAAGCUGCGCAGCUCGGCAAUGUGGGUGGUGAAGUGCGUGAACUCAGCGAUGGUGGGGGUGGUGCGCAAGUUCAUCUUCGUAAGAGACAGGUGGUGGGUCCUGCGAGAGGGCAAGGACGGGGGAGAGGGAGAGGGAGGAAACGGAGAGAAGUGGUGGAGAAGAAAGGGCGCAACGGGGAGAAUAGCGGCGGACGGAAGCGGAAGGGUUCUAGGAAUUUGAAUGUAGAAGGUGGGAAGGGGAGUGAUGCUGCUGCAUUGGUUGACGAUGAUGAUGAUGAAGAUGAUGACGUUGAGGAUUAUUCCUUCUAUCGAAAUUGGGAGUACUCUGUCGCAAGGUUGGACGAAUUGGAGAAAUUGAAACGGGAAGAUCCUUUGAGCGAAUUGCAGAAGAAGGAGCUCCGGAGGUCCGGUGUGCUCACAAUUGAGCGCCAGGAGGCGAGUGCCGUGAUUCUGAAGCUAGAUCGCCUUCUGGCCGACUUUAAGCCACCGGAAGGGUCGUCGGCAGAUGAUGUUUCCAUAAUGAGCUUCAAGAUAAAAUCGGGAGUUCGACCUGAAAACUUAUCUCCUAUGCCUGCGUUGAAGCAGCACAGCGUGCCACAACAAAUUAGCUGCCCUGCAGAUCGGGCAAAUCAUUCUGAACCUGGACAAGACGAGGCGCUGGAAGCGUGGUGGCAACAGUGGGACAUGGGGGAGUGGCCUGAAGGUCCUCUGCCUCCUGGAUUUCAUGCUGGUCUUUCAGCUCUUCCUCCACAAUUAGAAAUCCAGUUGCCUGCAGCUCAGGACCUUCACAUUGGUAUAGAUAAAACUGAGAUUGGAAAACAUGCAGCUCAAGAAGCGACAGCAGCUGAUGCAGCAUCAACGAAGUUACUGGCCAACCUGAAAUUCAAUGAAAGUGGGGGCAUUGUCGGAGUAGAUUCUUGGAACGGAUUCUCGGAUGUACAAUUGAUAAAGUCUCCUAGAAAAGCUGUCUCAGAGGUUGGGAUGCAGUUUCGGUCGAAGGUUUCCACCAAUGACAAAGUUAACGCUUCUGUGAUGGCUGACAAAGUGCAACAUGUAGUUACUUUCUUGGGAGAACACCCUAGCUCAGUAAAAGCAACCGAGCUUAGUUCUCGCUCAAAACCGAUGGAUGUUGAUCAUUUAACUGUUGCUGAAACCUCGACUGCUUGGGUGAGGCCGUCAUCCCCAUCCAGAGCUCCACCAAGCACUUCUGCAGCCAUGAAUGAAGCUUCUCCAGGAAUUCAAGCUUGCCCUAUAUGUAGUACCUCAUUUCCACCAAAUUCCAGCAACAGGAGUAUUAACGAGCAUAUAGAUGAGUGCCUAACUCAACUUGCAGAACUUCUCGAUUGACGCGGGUGUGUUUGAUGGAGGAUGUAUUCUAUGGCCAAUUUCUACUCAGUAUGUGGUUCGAUUGAAGUCGAUAACUGUAAAAUACAGUUAACAUCACAUUCAUUACCCUAAGUACAACUCUCCAGUUUGGCUACGUAAAUACCAGGUUGACCAGCGCGGAAUUGUUUCCACCCUCUAGCCGUCACCUAGUAACUACAUGACCGUUAUCAUUCCUCUCAAGCCUGGCGAUGAAGAUGGUGCAAUUGCAUAAGGACAUUGUUUCUCAGUUGGCAACCUUUCGGAUGCCCCUAACUUGCUGUUUUCCAGGUAUCUCCAUCAGCAUCAUAAAGGUGGCUGGUCGCUGCACAAACCUGCACCAUAUCAGUUAGAAGUCGAUAUGAGUCACUUGUUACGAAGCUUCGAAGGCCUGUUGACUUAUCUCUGGUCUUGUUUUUCUCUCCAUAAAUGAGAAAUUGGCUCUGCCUUGUUGGCAGCUUGCUGUUGUUUUCUGGGUCUGCCUGUGAAGCGAGGACUGAGCUUGCCAGAGGUACACCUGGGACAACGAUGUGGGUAUAUGUCCAUGAUUUCAAGCUCAUCACAAAACUUCUCGUGAUGUAAGAGCGGAUCAUUGAAGGUUAGCACGGUAACAGAUUGACCUCGAGAUGCAAGAGAAAGGAGGGAGGGACAUGAGCCUCUGUUUCCUUCUGGAUAUGUUUUUAGUGUGAAUGAUGUCGUAUAUGCUUCAUACUUAGUGAUAGUAUGCUAUGGUUAAAGAGUGGCAUGCAAAUCAAUCAUGAAUAGUACGAAUAAAAGAUUAUUGCACGCCCUUCGUGUCCUACUCUGA